GUGCAAGAGAUUUGUAUGUUCAGAAUUAAAAUUCACGCACUUUAUGGAAAAAAACUCCAAAGUACCUGUCAAUGUUUAAGAUCUGGCAACCAUGGUAUAAUGCCUUUGUUAUGGGUUGAACAUGGCAACGUUGGAUUAAUGAAACAUAACCUCUAUGCCAUAACCUCAAUAUUUCAAAAAUGCUGGCCAGUACUCAUAAAAAACCUUCCAAAAAGUUAAAGAAGCAAAAGUUAGUCGAUGCAACAGGAAAAGACCAAAAUAGCACAAAUGCCCAUUCUUCAGACGUUGAUGUGAAGUCACGCACGUUAUUUGUUGGAAACGUGGGGGUUACUGCCAAAAAAACACAUUUACUAAAACUAUUUCGACAAUUUGGCAAAGUACAAACUGUACGAUUAAGAGGUAUCACACCGGCCGAUCCCGGUACUUCGAAACGUUUGGCUGCCAUCAGAGAAUCAUUCCAUCCCAAGAGAACAUCUUGCUGUAGUUACGUUGUGUUCGAAAAUCGCGAGGAUGCAUUAAAUGCCUGCAGUUUGAACGGAACAAAAUUUAAAGAAAACAUUUUACGUGUGCAAAUAUGCGACGACAAUGCCGAGCUAGAACCAUCCAAAGCAUUAUUUAUAGGAAACGUCCCCUUCGAUGCGGAAGAAAACGAUCUGUGGAACACGUUUGAAACUUUCGGGCAAAUAGAAUCCGUACGUUUAAUCAGAAAUUCCGAGACGGGGAUGUGCAUAGGCGUAGGUUUCGUUAAUUUCAAAUCCACCGAUGGCGUUGCACUUGCAUUAAUGGCGGACUCUGUACAAGUCAAGAAUCGUGAGGUGCGCGUCCAACGUUACGCGAGGACGAAAAUGAAAAAAUGGCAGACACAGCAAUCCGAAGUAAAACCUGUUCCAAAGAAAGAAAAGAAACCAAAGGAACGAAAACGAAAGGAAGCGGAUAACGCGAAGGUGAAGAAGAGUGCCAUUUUCCAAGGUUCUAAAGUACAUCCGCUUAAGCAGAAAAAGAAAAGGAAUAAGAAGUUAUCAGAGAGCCAGAAAAUGAUCCAGCAGAUUGCUCCAAGAUGAAUCGAAAUAAAUUAAACAAAGUACUUAUUGUUAAAAUUUGGACAAAUACAUUAUGCAUUGCGAUAUUUA